GUACUCGUCUGCUCAGAUUGGUCGGACCACGACAAGAACCAAAGCUUUCGUCGACGCCGCUGAGCCUCCUUGUAGGAUGAGGCCAACACCUACCCGCGAUGAAAGGGUGGAUCUGAAUCUUCAGCCUGCGAUGAAGCCUGCUGUUACCUCCAGUAUUGAUCCUACGUCGAGGACCACGAGGCCAGUAAGCGCUGCUUUUGUCAAGAAAAGCCACGCCAAUAAUUAUGGCUCAAAGUAAUUCAUGUGCAUUUCCAAGGGUCUUCAUCUUUUUGCUCUGUUCCUUCUGGGAAAACUGAAGAAAUGCACCCAAGAAAUAAAACGUUCUUUUGAGCUCCAAAAUGAGGUAGAGGACAGCAACAGCAUCAGCAGUAGUAGCGGAUCGGAGUCUUCAGAGUCGUCUCCAUCGUCUUCCACGAGUUCCGAACCGUCCUCUUUCUCAUCCUCGAGUCCAGCUAGUUCUUCGAGCGCGUCUGCUAGUCCUGGAUCUCCACUACCAAAAAUGAAUUAAGGGUCGGUAUGGGUUCAAGGUGUUCCUGUUACCGUUUGCGUUGCCUCUCCUAAGGGGGACAAGCAUAACAAGCGGGGUAACCGAACACCAAAACCCUACCUCUAAAUGAAGAAGAGCCCAAAUGCGUCGACCGCAGGUCAGCACAGUAGCAACAAGAAGAAACUCCGAGAUGAGCAGGAGCAACAUCUUUAUGGAGUGAAUUUUCAUUCUAUCCAUCUUAUAAUAUAUAAAUACAGCCCAUUCAUAAGUACUUAGAGUUUGACUCCGGUUGGUACUUUCAUGUUCAUUCUAAAAGCUGCAGCAGAAAGAAAGGAAUCAGCAAGUUUCGUCUCUGUUGAUCCGGAGUGGCCAAAUCAAUGGCGCAAUCAACUACAUGGAGCGCGGACGAAACGGAGAAGUACCUCCCUACACCCUAGAGGAUGAGUCGAAAGUACAAAAAGAACCGAUAAGUGAUCGAGCAAGAAAGUCACCUUCAGCUGGACAUCGACGGGGGGCAAGUCGUGGUGGAGUUUCGAAAGCGGCACAACGGGAGAUGGUAAAAAGCGGCGCGAGUGAUAUUACUUCUGCAAAGAAGUCAAUUGUGCGCGAGGUCGAAAUUUUGCGAAGAUGUUCGCACCCAAACGUGGUUCGAUUUUAUGACUCCUUUGUCCAAGACGACAAUCUCAUUAUUGUCAUGGACUACCACCCGGGAGUAACGUUACUACAGUACCUGUCGUUCUACAAGAUAAAACGUGCAGCUUUCGAACAAGAACCGAAUACGAAUAACCUGAUGGCGAGGAAGACAAGAAGGAACAAUGAGCUGAGAACGAGAAGAGAAAAUCCCGAACCAACUUGCGCAGCACAAGACUCGGCACCCGAGACCGACACGCCCUUCACCUUUCCGUCAACUCAACGCUGGAAAAUCUUCUGUCAAGUGUGCCUUGCGCUGCGCUAUCUACACUGCAAAUUGAAGAUCGCGCACUGUGACCUAUCACCGAAUAAUGUCCUCGUCACGCCCCACACGUUACACUGCAAGCUUAUUGACUUUGGCUUGGCAAGAGACUUCGGCGAUGAAAAGAGCGAGAGAGUAGAUUUGACAUGCAGAGGAAAGGACAUGAUGAAGCAUGGUGCCGCAAUAAGUGCUAACGAGAAUGUUCCGAACGAAGGUACUGAUAGAUAAUUUUUCUGCUGCUUGUGUUAAAGAAUGCCACUGGAAGACGUAAAUUAAUAGUCUCACAUUGUAAUUGAAAUAGAAACUCCUGUAUCUGAUGAAUCCUCAGCGAGGACAAAUACAACAAGAAAAACAGAAACAGGUGAUAUCGUUUUUGGUUCUGUGCUAUACUCGACACCGGAGACGCUCCAAGGGCAUGGUAUGCAUCGUCCGUGGGAUGGCGAUAUCUGGGCGGCUGGUUGCUUACUCUACAAGUUGUGCAUGUUUAACGACGCUUUUGCUGCCAAUUUCAACGAUGCCGCAGCGACGGGAAAUCCGCUUGCUAUCGCGCGACGAAUCGUUGAGCUUGAUUAUCAGCCUCUCGAUGCAACAUCACUCACGCAUGAAGAAAGCUAUGGCAUCUUCAGAGGUCGUCGCGUAAAAUUGGGAAUGGUUUAGACUUUUGAACUAGAUAUUAUAUGUUUUAGUUAGAAUUAGAAGUACCGGUACUUCUGCUUCUCCACUUGUCACCAUAGCAUAUUUUUCAAGAACAACAAGUCCUCGUUCUUCUUCGAGUUAUAAUUUGCCGUUUAAAAACUUUUGGAUUAUGAUGAUUUCACCGACAGCAAAAGGCAUGCACAAGAACGCACCAUCAUUUGCAGUUCUCCCCAUCUAAGACUUCGAUUGUACAUUAGAAAUGGACGUUCUCAGCACGAUCUUUGUUCCAGAACCUUCGAGCCGUCCCGAUAUACUUAAGGGCUUGGGAAAUGCAUCUCUGAAGUCAUCUGAAAGCAGAUGACAAGAACAAGGAAAGCUUAGCCAGGUGAUUCUAUCUGCUAUGCAUUUCCUACCCAUCGCCAUCUAAUAUACAGACGUUGACGCAGAUGCUUGCUUCAAAGCUGUGCGACCUCCUGGAGGAAGCGAACUAGACCUUCCACUUACUUCUUAGUACUCAGACUGCCUGAAACUUAUUGAUUCGUCCGUAUUUAUCAUUAGACUUACCAGAUUACCGAUGUACAGAGCGGGAUUCUCUAAUAAAUUGCUUAUACAUGACGAGAAUUUUGCGUCCUAUCAUGUAAUGUAGUUUGUUAAAUUGCAAUUGAGGUAGUUAAUACUGAGCCAGAAUAUCGCGUCUUAUUUCCUGAAAUAUCGCCAGAAGAAUCAAUAGUUGGUUUGGUUUUAUUCCGUUCUUUGCAGUUGAAUCGAUUGUGUUCUUUGCCGACCUCUGGCCUCUACUGAUUUAAACUUUUUAGCCUGUAGUCAUCGUGUAAGUACGUACGAUGAAAGUGUCUGUACAAUAUGAAAAUAUUAGAAAUUUCGCUCGUUUUCGGGAUUUCCGAAACAGCAUGUUGAUAGAUGAACAUGAAGACUUUCACAUGAAGAGAAUAGAAGUAUUACGUCGGGGCUCAGCUACAGCACUCUUUUUUUCUAUAUAUAAGUACUGGUGGUGGUGGUCUGCCUUCCUACUUCCUUAUCUGAUUCUGAUCAUCUGCUUGUACGCCCUGAUCAUGAUUCCUUCCUGCGCUAAGGGCAGGGGAUUCUUGUGAAAAGUCAUUCUCAAGUGUUCGACGACCAACAAG